ACUCAAGAAUGACGCGAGACGGUGAAAUACCAGCUAUUUUUAAUCCAAAACAACAUCGAGUUCGUACGCCAUCUGUGGUGGUCACAGGAGACUCUCCAAAUGGUCCGUAUGGUGGUGGUUUUACGAAUAUCCUAAAUACAAGCAAUCCUCAAAUAGCCCACCAAGAUUCUAUAUCUUCAAGCCAAAAUGAUCCUAAUGAAGUUAUAACAAUACACCCUGAAUCAACCUGCCCUGUUGCAUUAACUAGAGGAGGAAUAGGCGGAGGAGUCGUGGGAAUUGGAAUUAGUAGUGGUGGAGGUGGUGGAGGCGUGGGUGGUGGUAACACUAGCGGUGGCAAUGAUUCCGAUACACCCACGGAGCCUGGACAAAAUGAUAAUAAUAUCACAUCACGUUUUCCCCGCCUUAAAGCAUGCAAAGAAAGCUGUUGUUCCGAAUUGGCACAAAAAAUGUAUUUUGGUGUUUGCGUCACCAUACUGGUGACUGCCUCAUGGGUCGGUGCCACACACUGCAUUAAGUUACUGUACUUAAAUCGCAGCUCGUAUAUAUCUGCCCUGGACGAUUUCGAUACAUUAGCCAUAAGUGCUAAUGAUUUGAAUUUGGUUACCAAUGACGAUUCCAUGGCAUUGGAUUCCCUAAUACCCAUCAGUGAUACGUCGAUUAGUGUAACGGAUGUAGAGGAUGCAACGAAAAUAUUCCAUGUGCCACCAAAUCCAACCAUGCCAUCGAAUAUCUUUAGUGCACCCUUUUUUGCCGCCUGGUUUUUUACAAAUUUCUCAUUGUUAUUCUUUCCCAUCUACAUUUUGGGACGAGUUUCUCUGAGAAAAUGUGAUAAGCCAGGCGAGAUAUUGGGUGACGUAUUGAGAGGUUUCCGCGAUCGAGGAUUUACAGUGGGACGUUUUCUCAAUCGUUGCCUAUCAUUUUGUAUACUAUGGCUUUUAACCACUUACCUUUAUACGUUAUCUCUGCGUGUCUUAUUUGCCACCGAUGCUAUGGCACUGUUUGCCACCAAUGUGGCAUGUGUUUACCUGCUAUCCUGGGUAAUAUUACAUGAACAAUUUGUAGGAGUACGGAUUGUUGCUGUCAUAUUGUGUGAUACUGGUAUUGCACUGUUGGCCUAUAUGGAUGGCAUUACAGAAAGUCGUACAUUGAGUGGCGUGGUUUUGGCCACUUUGGCAGCAGCUUGUUAUGCAGUGUUUCGAGUUAUGUUCCGCAAAGUGAUGGGAGAUCCGCCUGUUGGACAAAUUGCUUUUGCGUUUACCACAUUAGGUUUUUUAAAUGCUCUACUCAUGUGGCCAAUAUGUGUGGCUUUAUAUUUGACUGGCACUGAAAUAAUGCCAUCAGAUCGUAUGCCUUGGAUUAUAUUAUUGAUUGCUAGUAUAUUGUUAUUGGUUUUUCACAUAUUAAUGCAAUUUAGCUCAGCUGUUACAUACAAUAUGUUUGUUACAUUAGGUUUAAUUACAGCAGUUCCUGUUUCCGGAGCAUUGGAUGUUGUUUUAUAUGGUGCUACAUUUGCUGGCAUGAAAUUGGCUGGUGUGAUACUAAUUGCAGUUGGUUUCUUUUUGGUAAUGUUUCCUGAAAAUUGGCCAGAUUAUAUAACCAGAUUAUUGAGAAAAAGUGGUCGUGCUAUACUACGUUACCAAUGUUGUUGUGAAUUAGCUGAAAUUCAUUAUACACACUCGAUGGGGUCGAGGUCCUCGCCACGGUUCGUUAGCCGGUCAGCAUCCCACCAUUAUAGAUUAUCGGACGGGAUACAUAAGGUCCCAUCUUCGGUCACCCUCUGGCCGUGUGAGAUGACUGAUCUAUCGCCUACUGGUUUUAUACAAAACAAUCAUAACAAACCACAACAGCAGCAACAACAUCAUCAUCAAUCACUACAACAACCACAUCACCACCACCAACAGCAGCAACAACAACAUCCCCAGCAUUCAAGUCUUUCCCUGUCAUCAUCUGGGGGCGGUGGCACUGUUGGCGGCGGUCACCAUUCCAGCAGCCAUAGCAGCAGUUUACGAGCUCCUCCAGUUGGCAGUGGUGGCGGUCGUUUAUUUUCCUAUUUUGGCAAUGAUCAUGAGCACGAACGUAAAAAAUCUGAAACAUCAUUUUUCAAUUUGGGUUUUCGUCGCAAAUCUACCGUGGUUUACUAUGCGGCCACCGAUUAAUGAUGACAGCCUCAUCGAUUAUCAAGCUCCAUGAAAAGAAUUGAAUUUAUUAUCACUACUAUUUACAUUGUAAACAAAUCAACCAGUUAGCCGAAAAAAAAACAAUUGAA